AUGGAAGUCAUCAUGAAUUCAUUAUUAACCAGCUUCCGGCGAGUUCCGCCGGCGGCCAUUCCGGUGAUGCUAGACUGUAUUCUGAGUUCCACUAACUUUUCACCAUCCUCGCUUUUUUCCUCUUUGCUCAGUGAAUUUCCGACCAUUGCUAAGGAAAUCACAGAAGAAAGUAAUGGGGUGCUUUCGGAGCAGCCUUGCUGUGUUGGCUCUUAUGUUUCAGCAUUAUGUCAUCUUCUGAAAAAAUCUGGGGCAAAUCUCAGUGAAAUGAAGUUGUUUAUUUGGAGAAUUUUGAUUCCUUUUUUCAAGUUGACACAUUCAUCUCAUCAGGAACUAUUUAACGAGGUUGCAAGUAUUUUCUUUGACACCUUGCUUGAAACAAACAGCUGGGUAGCAAUUGAAGAAACCUUGGUUCCGUUUUUGUUCCGGUUGGUGGGUUCCUCGAUAGGUUUGACCCAAAAAGAAGAGACAGCUUUCUUUUCAUGGAGUUCUUCUCCAAGUUUUCAUGGCUCUGAUGACCAAUGUCACUCUUCUCAGAAAUGUAGCUGUGUGGGAAGUGAAAUAGGCAGGGAAUUGAUACCAUCUCAGUUUGACUACUUUCCACUUCCAGUAUCUUGUGAAAUUUUGAGCUUAACAUUGGAUGCUUCUGUACAGUGGACAUGUGUACUAGAUUGUACCACUGGCUUGCAAAAUUUUACAAAGAACUUUCUGUGGGAUCUAUCUGAUCUUUCCUUGAAGAUGCUUCUACAAAGUUUAGAGCAUAGAGCUUCUGCAAUUAGCAUUCUCCUGCCUUCUGUUCUUAAAGCAUUUGGGUCGAAUCCCUGUUUUGAAGUCUCUGUCCGUGGCCAGAGCUAUGUGUUUAACAGGGAGGCUCUUGGUGAGAAAAUAUGGACAUGCUGCAAAACCCUUUUUUCACUGGGGCUUUCAGAAAGAAGAGAUGCUUUUACUGUACUCUCUCUUUAUCUAUCAUCUGGCUCGUUGAAUAGUGGAAUUGAAGAUGGAAAUAUCUUUGGCACAGGGAAAGGAUUUGACUUGUCUGCUAGCGAUGAGUUUUGGGAUGAAGUUAGAAAAGGCUUGGUUGAUGAGGAGAGCUUAACUAGAAAACAGUCACUGCAUGUACUGAAAUCCACUUUGAGGUUGAAGGGUGAAAGCUGCAAUCCUGGCUUUUCUGAUGCUGUAUCAGGCCAAAAAGAUUUGGUUCCUCGUGGUAUGACCAAAAGGGAAAGGUGGGCCAAUGAAGAAGCAAAAUCCCUGGGUGUUGGAAAAAUAAAUAAUUCCACUGAGGAUAACUUGAACAGCUGGAAUAGAUGGGAAACUUUUACUUUUCUUUAUGAAAUGCUUGAAGAGUAUGGCACUCACUUGGUUGAAGCAGCCUGGAAUCACCAGAUGAAUUUGUUGCUCCAUUCUUGUUUUGAGUCAGAAGAAAGACUGGAUUCUGUUUCUGGAAAGCUGCACAGAAAGUCAAAGGAGACAUGGGUUAAUACUUAUGAGUGGCUUCCUGUACUGUGGGAACGGGGGUUCUGUCAUGAUAAUCCUCAAGUUAGGUGCCUGAUCAUGCAGUCAUUUCUGGGAAUUGCAUGGAAGGACUAUGGAAGCCAUGCAAGCUCAUUGCCAGAGGAAUUCGUAUUAGGUCCACUUAUGGAAGCAUUGAAUGAUCCUGUUCAUCAUAAAGAUUUUGGUUGUAAACAAGUCUACUCUUCCUCUACAAUUGAUGCUGCUGCCAGUUUCUUCUGCCAAUAUUGCAGCUAUCUUGAUGAGAGGAAACAGGUCCCGUUUUUGAGCGACCUGGCAUCAGUUGCUAAAAAAUACUCAUUUGGACGACCUGGAUUGAUGUGCCUUGCAGAGUGUGUUGCUUCAGCUGCCCAUGGUAUCAAACAACAGAACCCAGCAGUUGCAUCCCACUGCUAUGACCCUGCAAAAGUUCAGUGCAAACCUGCUGAGGGGAACCUUUGGAAGAAUGAUAGAGCAGAUUUACUUGAGUUUCUGCGAUUCAUUAUUGAGAGCAGUAAACAACACUUCAAUCCUCAUUAUCGUUUUCAAGUUUGUGAAAGGAUUCUUGAUGCUGCAACAUUAGUCAUGACUGCUGUCGAUGUGCCUCUAGAGAUGCUUCUCCUCUUCAUUUCGUGCUUGCCUAGGGAGGUGACUGAUUUGGGUGGUUCAUUGAGGUUCAAGGUACAAAAAUGGCUCUCAAUUUCUGAUAAGACUUCAAGCUGUAGCAAUCUGAAUGCAGAGCUUUUGGCAAAUCUAUAUAGCUUUCCGAGAAACUUUGUGUAUUCUCAUCCAGUAGAAGCGUCUACCACGUUUGAUGAUGAAGAUAUUGACUCAUGGGACUAUGAAGCAACUAGAUGGGCAAGAGUGCUCUUUCUUGUCAAUGCACCUGAACAGGAGUGGAAAACGUUAUACACUUUUUUAUAUGACCAUGGAUCUAAUAUCUGCAAGCAGCAUAACCUUUCAGAAUGGAUGCCUGUAAAAUUUCUUAUUCUUCUAGUAAGUUUGAUUCAGGAACUUCAGUUAAUUCAAGAUAGAGCAGCUGAUGGCUCCAUAGGAGACAGAAUGAAGGCUGACCUGCAGCUUCUUGGCUCUACCGGUUGGGUAGAUUUCACUGCUGAAUCUCGGAUGUUUGAGAAAUUUGCCAAGUUGUUAAACUCUAUUUUAGAGGAGCUUCUCUCGUUUGCCGAAUCAGCCACCUCUAUCUUUUGGUCUAGCCAAGUAGAACCAGAGUGCAAUCUUCCCAGUCAAGUUACUGGGAAACUUGGUGGUCCAAGCCGAAGAAGGUUGUCAUCUAAUGUCACAACUUCCAUUUUGAAAUCUAUUACAUCCCUGAAGUCUCUGGCAUCCAUCACAAGGUGGUGUGUGCAAUUCACAGCUGAGGCAUCACUUAAUUCUGUUAUCACCUUUCUCUGGAACUUUUGCUGGAAGACUAUCACAACUCCAUCUGGUGUAUCAGAAAGAGACGCAGAGAUAUCUUUAGGAGCAUAUGAAGCACUGUCCUGUGUUUUGAAAGAUUUGAUUACCAUGGCCUCUCAUUUGGCCUUUGAUCUUUUCACAGGGUGUGAAAGAUUUUCUGUGUUACAUGCUGAUGCUAAGCCUUCAUUAGAUGUCUUUGUCCAGUUUUUUCUCCAGAAUGUUAAUACCCUUAUUUCAACAGGAAAUCUAGUGAGAAGCCGGAGGGCAGUUCUUUUUAAUUGGAAAUGGAUCUGCCUAGAGUACCUGUUAUCUUUUUCAAAACGUGCUAUUGCCAAACAAUUUGGCAGUGAGAAUUAUCAUUUCUCUGAUAAUACGUUAAGGUGGAUCUUCUGUGAGUUAGUUGAGAGCCUAGAAAAUGCUGGAGAAACUUCUGCUCUGCCCAUACUAAGAUCAGUUAGAUUGAACAUGGAGCUGUUUGCAUUAAAAAGAACUGGUUUAACGGAUAUCUCCUGUGAUGGCUUAACUGUUGACAUGAUGUGGAAUUUGGUUAAGUCCUCUUGGAUACUGCACUUGAGUUGCAACAAAAGGAGGGUUGCUCCAAUUGCAGCUCUUAUAUCAUCUGUUUUGCACUAUUCAGUGUUUGGUAAUGAGUGCAUGCAUGCAGUAUAUGAUGCUCCUGGGCCUCUAAAAUGGUUCAUUGAGAAGAUUCUUGAGGAAGGCACAAAAAGCCCUCGAACUGUUCGUCUUGCUGCAUUGCAUUUAACUGGAUUAUGGCUUGAAAACCCCUCAAUGAUAAGAUAUUAUUUAAGAGAACUCAAGCUAUUAACCAUGUAUGGUUCUAUUGCAUUUGAUGAGGAUUUUGAAUCUGAAUUAGCGGAGAACCAGGAAGCAAAGAAUGAAGUAUUAGCAUUGUCCAAAAGCCCUGGAUCAGAGCUUACUGAAGUAUUUAUCAACACUGAGCUAUAUGCACGUGUAUCUGUUGCUGUCUUGUUCUGCAAGCUUGCUGACAUGGCUGAUGCGCCUAAUGGAAAUAGAAAUAGCCUGGAGGCCCUAGCAUCCGGGAAAAUGUUUUUGCUGGAACUUCUUCAGUCUGCAUUAGUUGAGAAAGACCUAUCGAAGGAGUUGUACAAGAAGCAUAGUGCAAUUCACAGGCGGAAAAUUCGUGUGUGGCAGAUGAUUUGUAUUCUGUCCCGAUUUGUCUACCCAGAUAAUGUGGAAGAAGUUACUUUUAGCUUGCAUACAGCAAUUCAAAGAAAUAAUUUGCCCUCAGUUCGGCAGUACAUGGAGACAAUUGCGAUUAACAUAUACUUGAAGUUUCCAUUACUGGUUGGAACACAGUUGGUUCCUUUGCUCAAGAAUUAUGACAUACGACCUCAGGCUUUAUCUUCAUAUGUCUUCAUUGCUGCUAAUGUUAUUCUACAUGCAGACAUAGAGAUCCAGUCGAAGCACCUUGAUGAAUUACUUCCUCCUAUCAUUCCUUUACUGACUUCACAUCAUCAUACUUUACGUGGAUUUACUCAGUUACUUGUGUAUCAGAUUCUUCAGAAAUUAAAUGCCCCUACUGACGAUUCGGUAUUUUCUCUAGCUACCUUGACAUUGGAGAAAAGGUGCUUUCGGGAUUUACAAUCUUAUUUGACAGAGAAUCCAGACUGUGCACGUCUAAGAACUUCAAUGGAGGGUUAUCUUGAUGCAUUCAACCCAAAGACCUCUAUUACACCGGCAGGAAUCUUCAUCAAUAGAGUGGAGCAAGAAUUUGAGUGUGUGCCAAAGACUCUUAUGGAUCAAGUGACGACAUUUUUGAAUGAUACUAGAGAUGAUCUCAGAAUCUCAAUGGCCAGGGAUGCAGCUAUUAUCAAGAAUGAGGGCUUAUUUAUUCAUGAGCAGAGCAAUAUUUCUGAUAUAGCAAUAAACUCCAGUAAAGUUGUUUCUAAGAUCAAUCAACAAGAUUUGUUGUUGGAUUUUCAGAAGAAAUUUACCCUGUCCAAACAUGAAACGCAACCAGCUACUGCUUUUUCAACUGAAGGUGGUAAAUCUUUAAAAACACUUGCAGAUAUGGAGAAAGAAGAUCAGUUACUUGAUCAAUUGCUGCAUUCAGGGAACAUAGCUGUGCAAAAGUUGAAAGCAAGCCGGCAGCAUUUGAUAAUUGUUGCAUCAUUGGUUGAUCGGGUUCCAAAUCUUGCUGGGUUGGCACGGACUUGUGAGGUAUUCCGAGCGGCUGGAUUAGCCAUUGCAGACAAAAGCAUAUUAAAUGACAAGCAGUUCCAACUCAUUAGUGUAACGGCAGAGAAAUGGGUUCCAAUUAUAGAAGUUCCAGUUAGCAGCAUGAAAAGUUUUCUUGAAAAGAAAAAGCAUGAGGGUUAUGCAAUCUUGGGUCUUGAGCAAACUGCUAACAGUAAGCCUCUUGACCAGUAUGCAUUCCCCACAAAAUCUGUUCUGGUCCUGGGCCGGGAAAAGGAGGGUAUACCUGUGGAAAUAAUUCAUAUUCUUGACGCAUGCAUUGAGAUCCCACAACUGGGAGUUGUUAGGUCACUGAAUGUUCAUGUUAGUGGUGCCAUUGCUAUAUGGGAGUAUACGCGACAGCAGAGGUUAUUGUCGUGA